AUGGGACGAGCCGAAAAGCCGCCGCAGUUUGUUGGAAUUCCGUCUUCCACCACAGUCAAAGCUGGCGAAUCAGUGACAUUUUUGGCUAAGGCAGUCGGCCAGCCAGCACCACAUUUCCGUUGGUGUCGCUCAGACGGUAGUCCACUUGCAAGUGGAGGAAACUAUCAAGUGGAAGUGCUACCAGAUGGUACCACAAAGCUUACCAUCAACAAAUGCACAACGAACGAUAGUGAUACGUAUCUUUGCGUUGCCGAAAAUGAAGGUGGUGCGGUACAGACACGAUGUUCGCUCAAUGUCCUUGGUUUGUCUCUCUUCUCUUGA